UUAUCGAUCCGAUCGACCGUUCGGGCAACAACACAGCUCUUGCCUAAACCUUUCUCACCUUUCUUUCUCUCGCUCUCUCUCUCUCUCUCUUUCUCGCGAUAAGUCGAGUUGUUACUCGCUCGUAUCAAUACCUAUCGAGCCAUUUAGACCUUGACGAACGAUAAGAAAGCUCGUUCAAUAAAAUAGCAUCUAUCUCUUCUUCUCUUUCCAGAACUAUUCUGUUUACAGCUGACGACGAGACGUCGUCGCGAUUGAUUGUCGUGUUCGGGGUGGCCUCUGCUGCUGCUACUGCUGCUUUACUUGUGGUGCGUGACUGCGCGCCAGUUGUGUAUCCGUAUAACGCGAGUGUGUGUGAGUGUUUGCACUUCGUCGCUGUAAACGAAUGUAAACCGGAGUUAUUGUUUUUCGAAUUGAAAUAUAUAUCUCACGCACGCAUCAAAAUAACAUAUCUUCGCUGAGAGUCCGCACUUGGCUUGUUCUUCUUCUGCUGCAGAGAAUAAACAGUGACUAAAAUGGCUGCAUUGCCGAGAAGAAUAAUCAAAGAAACACAGAGGCUUAUGCAAGAGCCAGUCCCCGGCAUCAGUGCUGUGCCAGAUGAAACAAAUGCCAGAUAUUUCCAUGUGAUUGUGACAGGUCCAGAAGAUUCACCUUUUGAAGGUGGACUCUUCAAACUGGAGCUGUUUUUACCUGAAGAUUAUCCUAUGUCUGCACCUAAAGUUAGGUUUAUCACAAAAAUUUAUCAUCCAAAUAUUGACCGGCUUGGUAGAAUCUGCUUAGAUAUCUUAAAAGACAAAUGGAGCCCAGCACUACAAAUCAGAACUGUGCUGCUAUCUAUUCAGGCACUGUUGAGUGCUCCCAAUCCAGAUGAUCCUCUUGCCAAUGAUGUGGCUGAACUUUGGAAAAUCAAUGAAAGUGAAGCAAUACGCAAUGCUAAAGAAUGGACACGCCGGUAUGCCAUGGAUAAUUGAUCUCAAAAUGAAGAAAUUUGAGAAACUGCAGAUACACACACAUGGAUUGCAAAAGACAAGAACAUUAAUUACGCAUACAUACAGACAUCCGUUCAACACAAAUAAAAACUCCUAUUCACAAACUUUUCUUUCUUCGCCUAUAGUAUUUCGUGUCAAUUUUACACCUCAUGUAAAAUACAAGACACUUAUUACAAACACUUAUAACAGUUAUGAUAAAAUCUGCUAAUAAACUCAAUUACUUUUUGCUAUUUAAGAAUAAAACAUAAGCUUAAAAUAAAAACAAAUUUUCUAUGAAUGUACAGUAAGAGAAUGUUCAAGUAACUUAAUGUGAGUUCUUUGACUUUUUUCUCUUCUAUUGUUGAUACUACUAUGUUUGUUUAAAAAUUAUGACUGCUUAAGUUUUUAUUUUUUCCAUAACAUUUUUAGAAUUUUACACGUUGAAAUUAUGUUUCUGUAAAUUUUUCUAUCAAAAUCCACUCUCUAAAUAACUAUGAAAUACGUUAAGACUCUCACAUGAAUUUAAUGUAAAAUUUAUAAUGUGCAUCAAAUACUCUGAAAGUGAGCUUAAAAUUUUCUUCAUAUGAUUUUAUUAGUGUGUUGAAGUUAAAAAUAGUGAAAAAAGACCAAUAUGAAUAACCCAGAGGCUUUAAAAAAGCAAGAAAAGUCUGGCAAAAAUGGUAGAUUAUUAUUUGCCUCUUAAUUGCUUGUAAGUCUUACACAAAUGAUAAAAUUUGAAAGAAGCAAAGCAUAUUAUAUAUUGUAAAUCUUUAAGUGCAACAAAUUUUGCUAAUACUGAAAACAAACGAAAAAAAUAUAUAUUUGUAAAGUGAAUUUUAUAAAAAUAAAAUACGUGUAAUUGAA